AUGACUGUGUUAACGAAACCGAGCGCUAUUAUACGAAAACCAGACGUAAAUAGUGCUCCACUGGUAGAGAAAGGUGUUUGCGAUGAGGAGAAAAUUGACAUCCACCCUGGUCCGGAGGUACGUUCGUCCAGAGCUAUGCUGUGUCUGUCGUUGACUGCUAUGCUGCUGUUGAUGCUGGGCUUCACGAGCGGCCUGACGGUGUACCGCGAGUACAUGAACGCCUCCAACCGCCGCUACCAAGGAUUCUGCGCGAUACCACUCCCCAAUGAUAUACGAGAGGUACUAGUAUUCAAUCUUAUCUUACUCAAUGCCGUCUUUAAACUAUUUGAGGCCCUGGGCACAUUAGGAUCAUGGGGCCCCUAUGACCUUGAGAAAACACUAUUUAGUUACAAUAGAUAA